AUGGCUACUCCUCCUGUACUCGCUUUUGAUGCUGAGGGCCGCCCAGUGAAGUUUGACACCUGGCUCGAUGACCUGCACCUUUUCCUACAGCUCACUGCCAAGGAAGAUAUUUCACUGUACGAUCACGCCCUAGGCCACGCUACUGCACCUCCUACUACUGCUGACAGCACUCAGCGCUCACAGUGGCAGACUCGUGACGCUCACGCUCGCUUUGCCAUUCGCAACUCCCUGCCGCUAGAUGAGCGCGAGCACUUUGGCCAGCACAAGACUGCUAAGGACCUGUACACUGCUGUAGUUGCUCGUUACUCCUCGCCUGCUUCUGCCGCACUAGGCCGCCUCUCCCUCCCCUACCUGUUCCCCGACCUGGCCUCCUUCCACACCGUUGCUGACCUCAUCACCCACCUCAAGACUAGUGAGGCCCGCUUCCGCGCUGCUAUGCCUGCCGAGUUCCUAGCUAACAACCCCCCCCCGCUCUGGCUCGUUCUCUACCACCUAGUCACCCGCCUCCCUGACUCUCUGCGCGCAGUCAGGGACCAGUUUCUAGCUCGCUGCCCCACUGAGCUCACCAUUGCCCUCCUCGAGAAGGAGCUACUUGCAGCCGAGGCGAGUGUCGUCGCUGUAGGUGCCUCUCGUGGUGACCCCCGCACUCCUUUCUUUGAGGGGUGUUCCCCUUCCCCCCUCCUUCCCUCUGUCGCCUCUGCUUCUGCUGUCGACCUUCUUGGUGCUGAGAAGGUCGGGACCGCGUCUGCUUCGAGCGGGCGCCGCAGGACGAGAGGGGGCAAGGGUGGAGGUGGCGGCGGGGGCGGUGGGGGUGGAGGCGGUGGGGGUGGAGGAGGGGCUGGAGAGGCUAGUGGCGGCAGUGGGGGUGGUGACGGCAGCGGCGGGGGCGGUGGCAGGGGCGGGGGCGGCGGUGGGGGCGGAGGUGGUCGUGGCAGCGGCAGGGGAGGCGGUGGUCGCGGAGGUGGCGGCAGUGGUGGUGGCCGUGGAGGCGCUGGCGGUGGUCUGAGCCAGCAGCACACUCCGUCGCUCCAGGAGGCCCGUGAGUGGUAUGCCCAGCGUCUUAGCUGCACGUAUGUCAUCCGCACUGGUGACCGCACUGGCCAGCAGUGUGGGAGGCCGCACCCCACGCAGCGCUGUUUCGCGCGCCUUACCGACGCUUGGCGCACCCAGUUCCCUGAUGGCGCUGAGCUGCCCCGCUGGGCUGAUCUGGAGAGGAAGGGGGUUGAUAUCUGGGCUCUAGACUUUGAUGCUAUUCUCACUGCCAUGUAUGCCAUGUUUACUAGUGGAGAGGGUGCUCAGUACUUGUGUGUUCCGCCCGACCCGGGCAUUCUGCCCAGUGAGACUGCCGCUCCAGGUGCUAGUGAGACUGCCGCUGCAGGUACUUGCGUGUCUGCUCCCUCAGGUGAUGGUGAGGCUGUCGCUCUAGGUGCUCGUGCGUCUGUCCCCCCUGGUACUGAGUCGACUGAGGCACUGCACACCUUCACCCUGGACUCAGGUGCUUCACGCUGUUUCUUUCGUGACCGCACUGUCCUUGAGCCACUUGCUCGGCCAGUUGCUGUCUCCCUUGCUGACCCCUCUGGGGGUCCGGUCAUUGCGACCUCCUCCACUGUCCUUCCUUGUCCGGCGGUCCCGUCCGGCACACUGUCAGGGCUCUACCUCCCCUCGUUCUCUACGAACUUGGUCGCAGGUAGCGCGCUCCAGGACGGGGGUGUUCACCAGUUCACCCCUGCCUACGAGCGUGUGACACACUGCACGUGUGCUCGGACGGGUCGUCACCUGGCUACCUUCACUCGGGAGCCAGGGUCGGACCUGUACACACUGACCACUGAGUCCCCUCAGGUGGCUGCGUCUGCGUCUGCGUCAGGUCAGCUGUCCGCCCCCUGCUCGUGUCGGUCUCUCGCGCACGACACCGUCCUCUGGCACCACCGACUUGGCCACCCGUCCGUGCAGCGCCUUCGGACCAUGCACAAACGGUACCUUGUCUCUGGUCUUCCCAGGGUUCUCCCUCCCCUCCCACCCUCGCCGGCUCCUCCCUGUAUUCCCUGUGUCGAGGGGCGGCAGCGCGCCGCUCCUCACUCUUCCUCGUUUCCCCCGACGGAGGCUCCUCUGCAGACACUCCACCUGGACGUGUGGGGCCCCGCCCGCGUCCGUGGACAGGGCGGGGAGCGCUACUUUCUGCUGGUAGUUGACGACUACACGCGCUACACCACGGUCUUCCCCUUGCGCACCAAGGGUGAGGUCCCUGAUGUCUUGAUCCCUUGGAUCCGCGCUACUCGUCUCCAGCUGGAGCGGCGCUUUCGCUCGGACCUUCCGGUCCUGCGACUGCACUCUGAUAGGGGCGGUGAGUUUUCCUCCGACCUCUUGAGCGCCUUCUGUCAGGAGGAGGGCAUUGAGCAGACGUUCACACUUCCGGCCUCUCCGCAGCAGAAUGGGGUUACUGAGCGCCGCAUUGGCCUGGUCAUGGAGGUCGCUCGUACCUCCUUGGUCCAUGCGGCUGCCCCCCAUUUUCUGUGGCCGUUUGCUGUCCGGUACGCCGCGCAUCAGCUCAACCUCUGGCCCCGUGUCUCCGCUCCGGAGACCUCGCCGACACUGCGUUGGACGGGAGAGGUUGGCGAUGCGUCGGUGUUCCGCGUCUGGGGAUCUCGUGCCUUUGUCCGCGACACGUCCGCGGACAAGCUCUCUCGUCGAGCUGUCCCCUGUGUCUUCCUUGGCUUUGUCCCUGACGCGUCUGGCUGGCAGUUUUACCACCCUGUCUCGCGCCGUGUCUUCCCCUCUCAGGACGUCACGUUCGACGAGUCGGUCCCCUUCUACCGUCUCUUCCCCUACCGCACUGCCCCACUCCCCCCUCCGCCUCUCUUCCUCGCGCCAGGUGCUGCUGUUGUAGAGCCCCUCCCCCCUCAGGGUGCCGCUCCCUCAGGUGUGUCUCAGGUAGACCCCGUUGAGCCUGUCGAGGUAGCCGUCGAGUCGCGUCCUCCUCGGGGUACUGAGCCUGGGGGUGCUGAGACUGGGGGUGCUGAGCCUGGGGGUGCUGAGACUGGGGGUGCUGAGCCUGGAGGUGCUAAAACUGGGGGUGCUGAGCCUGGGGGUGCUGAGCCUGGAGGUGCUGCGACUGGGGAUGCUGGGCCUGGGGGUGCGGAGCCUGGGAGUGCUGAGUCUGGUGGUGUUGAGUCUGGUGGUGCUGAGCCUGAGCGUGCUACACCUGGAGGAGCCCUCUCCUCCCAGCAGCUGCAGGAGAGGUACCUCCGGUACUGCAGCCUCCGGAGGGGUGCUCCUGGCGCCGGUACCCGUGCUUCCCCACCUCCCCGGGAGCUCCCCUCCCUUCAGCAGAUCCGAGAGUGGUACACGCGGCGCUGCAGUCUUCGGAGUGGAGCCCCUGGUGCCGCGGACCCGGACGGUGGAGCUGCUGCUGGUGCUGAGGACUCGGACGGUGGAGCUGCUGCUGGUGCUGGGGACCCGGACGGUGGAGCUGCUGCUGGUGCUGCGGACCCGGCCGGUGGAGCUGCUGCUGGUGCUGCGGACCCGGACGGUGGAGCUGCUGCUGGUACUGAGGACCCGGACGUUGGGGCUGCUGCUGGUGCUGAGGACCCGGACGGUGGAGCUGCUGCUGGUGCUGAGGACCCGGACGGUGGAGCUGCUGCUGGUGCUGAGGACCCGGACGGUGGAGCUGCUGCUGGUGCUGAGGACCCAGACGGUGGAGCUGCUGCUGGUGCUGAGGACCCGGACGGUGGAGCUGCUGCUGGUGCUGGGGCCCCGGGAGGUGGAGCUACUGCUGGUGCUGAGGUCCCCGGUGCUGGUGUCCCUGCUGGCUCUGGAGACGCUACGAGGCCGCGACCUCACAGUUACUGCCUACCCCGCCUCUCCCUGGUCCCUCUCCCUACACUGGUCCCACAGGAGGUCUUACCGAGCGUCGUGAGCCUGCGUCUCGUCCUGCGUCGCCUGUUCGUCCUGCGCGCACUAGUCGUCGUGGCACACGUGAGCGUCCUCCUCCUGUCCCUGGCACUCACUACAUGA